AACAACAGAGGCUAAAAGUAGGUGGCGGAGAUCGAUCGAGGAAGAAGAAGAAGGGUGAAAAUGGCGAAACCGUUGGGAACUACGGGAGAGUUUUUCAGGAGAAGGGAUGAGUGGAGGAAGCACCCGAUGCUUUCGAAUCAGAUGAGACACGCGCUCCCUGGUCUCGGGAUCGGUGUUGGAGCCUUCUGCGUUUACCUCGUCGGUGAGCAGAUCUAUAGCAAACUCAUGGCUCCUUCUUCUCAAUCAUCUCACCAGAAACAACCAGCUCCGUCUCACUGAGCGGUAAGAUUGUUUCGAUCAUGAUGAAACCGCAGCAGAUAAAGAGCUGAGGGAUUCAGAAUUGUGCCUUUUUUUCUUGGUUUAUCUCAAUAAGAUGUUGAUGAAAGACAAAACUUGUAUGACAUUCUGCAAUGUGGUCUUGUUAUGUGUUGUCGUUUCGAUUAAUAAGAGUUCUAAAUGAAAUUGAAGAAUAAA